AUGUCAUUCAAGAACACGUAGUAGUAUAAAGAUUAAAAGUUUACUAACCAUCUCAACGAUUGCGAAGCCAUUUCAGAGAUAAAGGUGAAGUUAGAGAAUGUACCUGAAAAUCCAGCUUAAUUAGAUGAUUAAGCAGCUGAACUCAUAGAAUCACAAUCUUAAAUAAAAUUUUUUCUAGAAGAGCUUGAUAAUAAGCAAUAGGAUGAAUUCUAAUAGGAAAUAAAAGAUGAUGAAGCUGAAGAAUAUGAGCCAAUUCUUAAUACUUAAACAUAGGUUGAUUAGAAAUUGAUAUAUUAACAAUAACAACAAUAAAAAUAAAAGCAAAUCGAGACAUUUCAAUAGGUCAAAGAAAAAUUAUAAAGCAGGCAGACAGAGCCUCUCCCAUCUGACAAUAAAUUAAAUCAAGAUAUAAUUUAAGAUGAUAUUGACAUUUCUCAGAGUAAAUUAUGCAAAAGUUUGUUAAAGAACAUAAAUGACUAAGGAAAUAAUGAAGAUACUGAGCUAAUAGCUUAGCUUUAUAGUGAACUAAAUGAAAUGAGACAAAGAAAUAAAGAAAUGCAGAUAUAAAAAGACUUCUAUUAAUCUGAACUGAAAAGAGUGUAAGAGCAAUAUUAGAAAGAUCUGAAUAAAUAGAAAUAGAUUUUUGAAAAUGAAAUAGCAUCACUAAAAGCACAAAUAAAUUUAGCUAAAAAGGUAACAAAACAGGAGACAUAAAAUUUAACUACAGUAACAUUUUAAGAAAGAUAAGUAAUUUUAAAGGAUUUAAUGAAUAAAAUAAAAGAUUAAUAAGAUAAAGUAUAAGAAGGGCAUUCGAAUUUUAAUGAAAAGCCUAUUAAUCACACGAAGCAAAAUAAUGAACCAAUUUUAAAUCCAUAAACAUAAAAUUAAAAAGUACUUUAAGUUGUGGAUUUAGAACAUGAAAAAUUAAAAGACGUUGAUAAGGCUUUGUAAAAGGAAGAACUAUAGUAAGCGGACAAGAAAAAAAAAAAUGCAAAAUAACAGGAAUCACCAUAAAAAUAAAAAAUUGCUGUCGAAAAAUAAGUCAACCCACCUCCACCUAAAAAGUCUACAAAACAAGUUAGAAAUACUAAUCCUGAAAUCAAAUAAGAUCAAUAAAAAUUAGCCCCAUAAAUGAAAGCAGAAAAAUAAAACGAAUCAAAUAGAGAUGCAAUACUUAAUAAACAGACCGCUGAAAACCCUGAUGAUUUUUUCAAUCGUUUAUCAAAUCAAAGUUAAUAAAUAGGAUAAGAUUAAUAGGUUGUUUUUUAAAAUUAAAAAAAUCAAAUAAAUCAAACAAAAGAAGAUCACAAAGAAGAAAAUUUAAAUUAGGCUGAACUUGAAACUUCUGAGAAGUAAAAAAAACAAGAGAUUUUAUAAAAUCCUAUCGAUGACAAUUUAUUAAGUAAUGAAAAGAACUCCUAAUUGGCUCAAUAGGAUCCAUUCUCUCAAAAUCAUAGCUAAAUACAGAAUCAAAAUUCUGUAAAGGCAUAAAAACAGAUUCCCAAAUAAAGGAGAAUAAAUCAGGGAGGCAAUAGCAUAUAGAAUGUUCCAAGUUCCUUGUUUGAUUGA